AUGGAGGACUCGGACGCGGCCGCCAAGCAGCUGGGCCUGGCCGAGGCGGCGGCGGUGGCGGCCGCGGCCGCUGUGGCGGCGGCGGCCGCGGCCGCGGCGGGCAGCGAGGCCGACGAGCCGGUGCUCCACAGGGACGAGGACUCGGAGGAGGACGGGGACUCGCAGGCGGAGCGCGAGACGCGGCGGGUGACGGCCGUGGCGGUGAUGGCCGCUGAGCCCAGGCACAUGGACAUGGGCGCCGAGGCCCUGCCCGGCCCGGACGAGGCUGCUGCGGCCGCCGCCUUCGCAGAGGUGACCACUGUGACGGUGGCCAACGUGGGCGCCUCGGCGGACAACGUCUUCACCACCUCGGUGGCCAACGCCGCCUCGCUCUCGGGCCACGUUCUGUCCGGCAGGACCGCCCUGCAGAUCGGGGACAGCCUGAACACGGAAAAGGCCACGCUGAUCGUGGUGCACACGGACGGGAGCAUCGUGGAGACCACGGGGCUGAAGGGGCCGGCCGCUCCGCUCACCCCAGGUCCUCAGUCUCCUCCCACCCCCCUGGCGCCCGGGCAAGAGAAAGGGGGCAGCAAGUACAACUGGGACCCGUCGGUGUACGACAGCGAGCUGCCCGUGCGCUGCCGCAAUAUCAGCGGCACCCUCUACAAGAACCGGCUGGGCUCAGGAGGCCGGGGCCGGUGCAUCAAGCAGGGGGAGAACUGGUACAGCCCCACGGAGUUCGAAGCCAUGGCCGGGAGAGCCAGCAGCAAGGACUGGAAGCGGAGCAUCCGCUACGCGGGGCGGCCGCUGCAGUGCCUCAUCCAGGACGGGAUCCUGAACCCUCACGCGGCCUCCUGCACCUGUGCCGCCUGCUGCGACGACAUGACCUUGAGCGGCCCUGUCCGGCUCUUUGUCCCCUACAAGCGGCGCAAGAAGGAGAACGAGCUGCCCGCGGCCCCGGGCAGGAAGGAGGCCCCCAAGAACGUCACGCUGCUCCCGGCCACGGCCGCCACCACCUUCACUGUGACCCCCUCAGGACAGAUCACUACCUCGGGCGCACUGACCUUCGACCGGGCGUCCACUGUGGAGGCCACGGCCGUCAUCUCGGAGAGUCCGGCCCAGGGGGACGUCUUCGCGGGAGCCACAGUGCAAGAGGCGGGCGUGCAGCCCCCGUGCCGGGUCGGCCACGCGGAGCCCCACUACCCCGGGUACCAGGACAGCUGCCAGGUCGCGCCCUUCCCGGAAGCUGCGUUGCCCACUGCGCACCCCAAAAUAGUGCUGACCUCCCUGCCGGCCCUGGCGGUCCCACCCUCCCACCCCGCCAAAGCCGUCUCGCCCGCUGUGGUCAAUGGGCUGGAGCUGUCGGAGCCGCGGAGCUGGCUGUACCUGGAGGAGAUGGUCAACUCCCUGCUCAGCACGGCCCAGCAGCUGAAGGCGCUCUUCGAGCAGGCCAAGCAGGCCAGCUCCUACCGCGAGGCCGCCGCGGCCCAGGCCCGGGUGCAGGACGCCGAGCGCAAGGAGCAGUCCUGUGUCAACUGUGGCCGGGAGGCCCUGAGCGAGUGCACCGGCUGCCACAAGGUCAACUACUGCUCCACCUUCUGCCAGCGCAAGGACUGGAAGGACCACCAGCACAUGUGUGGCCAGGCAGCGUCGGUUACCGUGCCGGGGGACGACGUCCAGGUCGCCGAGGGCGUGAUCGAGAAAGUCGCCGUGUGAGGGCACCGGCCCCCCCCCCUCUGCGGUGCCCGCUGUCUCGGGCCCAGGGCCCCUCGAGGACUUCACAGUGGAGUGGGGUGGGAGGGCAUUGAAAAGGGGAACAAACUUGCUGGCCAAGUUAUGAACAGAGUUGGGGUGACCUGCGCCCUUGGAAGUGAACCCUGCCGCCCGGAAGCCCCCAGGAAGGCCGGGCCUCGGCGGCCGGGGGAGAAGCGUCUCACGGUGCUUUUUUAUUGGAUCACGAGGGUCCGGUCGUACCCACGGGUGUGUUGUGUGUGUCACACGCGUGUAUAUAUAUGUGUCUCAGUAAAGUCGAUCCCUCACCCAA